AGCUAAUAAAGAAAGAGAGCAGAAAAAUCGCACUUACUUGUCCUGUGCUCAAGAAUUCUGCAUUCCAUUGGCCGUCCUAGUUCUACACUGUUACUUAGCAACAGAUGACGUGAACAAGCCAUUACAAGCUUCAUGAGCCCAUUCAUUCAUGAAAACGGGUAUGUUGCUGUAUUUAAGAAAGACAUGUAAAGCAAACGAAUAUAUUUUACAGUUUGAUUUAACUUUUUUGCAGACAAAAAUGUCAGAUUUAAUUUCUAUUCUAAUAUAAAUGAAAAAUAACAGUAAAAUAGAUUGUGGGUAGGCAGCAGUUGUGCUUGUAAUAAGUCACCAGCAGGUAUUUAUGACUACUUAUAUUAGUUAUCAGAUUCUCACACACAAGCUCAGCUUAAUCUUUGAUUUACAAAGUUUCCAACAUUUUAAAAGAAAUUGUCUUCCAUAUUUUCGGGUUUUACACAUGUAUUAGUCAAUUUUACUGUAAAACAAAAGAAAAUUUGCAUUUUAUGUUGCAUUAAGAUAGCCAACUGUUAAUUUGCACAUUCUAUGUUUUCAAAACAUAGUUCAAUAUCCUUUUAUACAGAAUUUACUAAUUUAAAAAAUGUUACUUUAUACUUUUAUAUUUACAAUAAUUCCACAUCUAUAUGAUGUGCUAACAUUACAAUGCAUUUGUUUUUCAAAGUUUGUUGUUGAAUAAAGUCACAUAGUGUCAGCAGGCUGGGGAACAUUUUAUCCUUUACACUGGCUAUUGAUCAGUCAAGACAGUUAUCUGUUAUCUGCUUGUGUCCGGCUCACACCUUUCACAGCUGGUUUAGUUGACUUUGCCUCACUGUGACUGCACCCCUUUCCAUGAACCGCACCUGAUUUUUUUCCCACCAUGAUAACAAAAUAAAUUCUCUCGAUUUUACAGUCAAUUGACAUGCAAAUAUACCAACUAUAUAAAUCUACAACCACACAGAUAUCCCAAACUUUUCCAAAUUGUGUCUCAUUCAUUAAUAAAACACGUAAAUUCAGUGUAGAAUAUGUAUUGAAUACGGAUAUCAACAUGGAUUGUUGAUAUUGGCAGGUAGCAUAAUGGCAGCCUAAACUGGAAAGUCUUUUUGAAGGUCUUCCAAUUUAAGCAGUCCGGUGUCAAACUGAUAUAAAUAGUUAAAAGCUAACUGCACCUACAUUUUAGUACUCCAGCAUGAUUUGGCUUGUGACUCUCCUGGCCUGCUUUGGGCUGAUUUGUGCCGAAGAACCUUUCAACCAUAACGUACACAAUGGGAGAGUGAUAGGAGGUCAUGAUUCUAAACCCAACACCUGGAAAUGGCAGGUUUCUCUGCAGCAUGAUUCAUACAAUGACAAUUAUUUCUACCACAUCUGUGGAGGCUCCAUCAUUGACGCUUUCCACGUCAUGACUGCAGCUCACUGCGUUCUCAGCAUGGAUCCUACAGAGUACCGUGUGGUAGUGGGUGAGUACAACUUGUAUGAGUAUGACGGCAGUGAGCAGUUCAUCCGUGUGGACAGGAUUGUUGUCCAUCCUGGCUGGAAUGGUGACCUUGCCAAUGGAAAUGAUAUUGCUAUCUUGAGACUGGCUGAUCCCGUGUACAACAACGGUUAUGUGGCCAUCGCUAACCUUCCCUACCCUGGUGAGACGCUGCCUCAUGGAUUCACCUGUACCAUCACUGGCUGGGGAUUAAUCGACUUCGAAGGAAACGUCCCUACUGUGCUGCAGGAAGCUCCUCUUGAUGUGGUGGAGCAUUCAGUCUGUUCUCAGUAUGACUGGUGGGGCAGCGUUGCUCUGAACACCAUGGUGUGUGCUGGAGGGGAUGGAAUCAUAUCAGGCUGCCAGGGCGACUCUGGAGGUCCCCUGAGCUGUUAUACUAAUGGAGCCUGGAGAGUCCAUGGUGUUGUCAGUUAUGGUCCAGCUGGCAUGUGCAACCAGUAUAAAAAACCCACAGUCUUCACCAGAGUCUCCUCCUUCCUGGACUGGAUGUAUUCUGUUAUGAACCUGGCUUAAACUGGAGCCUGUGAAAUAAAACUCGUGCAUCUCA